AUGGGGGAUGUUUCUAAACAUAGAGUAAGCUUGAAAAACGUCACUCUCAAUUUCAUAUCUAGUAAAUGGUUUCAGAUGUCAACAGGAGAAACGGCUGUUCCACCGGAAGCCGAAGAACCUGUAAGUUUCGAUUUUUUGUAUAAUUUAUCGGUUUUCAAGCCUGUGUUAGUUUCAGGUUCUGCGAAGAAGUCUUGAAGAUGAGCCAAUGGAGUUCUCCUACAAUGUAAGCAACUUCAAAUUGUCGGGAGAGUCGAUAAAAAUCAAAUAUUUCAGCCCGUCGAUGUUCCGUUCAAUCACAACGACGAUUCCGGAACUUCUCAAAAUGCGAUAGUCACGUUAGGUACAAAAAGUUAAUAAACUGUUCGACGAAUCUUUUUUUAUUUAGAAGAAGCGACAAACGGAAACGCCUCCCUCAUGAUGACUGAUCAUCCGAUUCCUCCGUGCAAAUACCGUUCGAUGACCGAAUUCACGGAGGAAUUCUGGAAAGAAAAAAAGCAGAAGAUGUCAGAGAUUCAGGAGAUCGACAUGCUCAAUAAGACAAAGAACAUGAGCGUUCCCAUGGCAAGAGUGAAGAAAAUUAUGAGGAUCGACGACGACGUUCGAAAUCUGGUAAUUUGUUUUUCUUGAACUGUCCAAGCUUGCGUUUUGCCUCAAAACUGUCAGAAUUUUCCAGAUGAUAGCGUCGGAUGCUCCGAUCUUCAUGGCCCAGGCAGCAGAAUUUUUCAUAGAAGAAAUGACCGGGAUGGGCUGGCAAUUCGUCUCGGAAAGCAGAAGACGUAUCCUUCAAAAGGCCGACGUGGCGAGCGCUGUUCAUAAAAGUGAUCAAUUUGAUUUUUUGAUAGAUUUCCUGCCACCGAAGAGUCAGAAUCCGCCAAACGGACUGGGGCCGUCCAGUGCUUAUGUAUGUUCUUUUAUAUAUAAAAAAUUAAAAAUUCUGGAAAUUUUAUAGCUUCAGAACGGCGAGAAGAGGUCUCCAAUGAUAGGAAUGCCUGGUGUGUCCCGUUUUCCAGAAGAAUCAAAACAGAAUCAGACGGCUGGACCCUCGAAUUCCACCACAAAACAGCCUUCAUUCGAAACUCCGCAAAAAGAUCUUUGUAAGAAAAAAUUCACGUAUUUAAAAUGUAAUUUCUAAAAAAAUCCGUCUCAGAUACGCUUUCCAAAGUCCGAAAAGUCAACGAGGGGUUCCAUUGUGCGGUAAACGAGACAGCUCAAGGAAGAGAGUAUCAAGUAGGUUUUGAAGGCGUUUUUAGACGGCGGUCCAACAUAAUGGAACUGGGCAGAAUAGAACUGCGACAUAAUAUAACCGCGCAGAAUAGAACCGCGACACAAUAGAAUCGCGACACAAUAGAACUGUUUUUGUGUAUUUUGUCCGUUUCUUUCAAUUAACUUUCGCAAAAUUUUUCGUCUCUCGAACAAUUAAGCAGAUGAGCACAGUUUAUACCUAGAAAAUUGGCUUCCUUUCGUUUUUGAUAGCACAAUAAAAUUAUUUUCUGUGGGUUUCGUUACCGUAGAGAAGAGGGAUCACGACGGAAGUGAAAUUAAUGAAAGCAAUAAAUCGGUCACGAGAUUCAAAACUUAUCUUUUUCUACGAAAUAAUUAUUCUUCAGAAUUCUCAGAAAAGAAUCUGCAGAAAGGUUUAAAAGGCGCUCCAAACAGUUAUAUUGUGGCCGGUUCUAUUAUGUCGUGGUUCUAUUCUCCGCAGUUCUAUUAUGCGUAGUUAUAUUCUGCGCAGUUAUAUUAUGCGUAGUUAUAUUGUGGCCGGUUCUAUUGUGUCGCGGUUCUAUUAUGUCGCGGUUCUAUUCUGCCCAGUUCUAUUAUGUUGGACCGCCUUUUAGCAAGCUCGAAAUUUUUUUUUAAACUACAUUUUCCGUUCAGAUUACACAAGUGCACCCAUCCACAUCAUCCGCACACACAGCUUCAGGCGGUCGCAACUUCGCCGGCCGUACCCUGCCAACUCUGCCAAAAACCGAAAGAUCCGGAUCAAUGCCACCACCGAAGGAAUAA